UUGUCCUUCGUUAAUUCUUCCGCCGAGCAAAUCGCUCUCUCUCUCUCUCUCUCUCUCUCUCUCUCCUCUUAGGGUUUCCUUUCUCUCUCUCUCUCCAUCGCAUGGCCGGCGCCGGAAUCCACCCUUACCACCAGCAGUGGCCGCCUACAGGAGCUCCGCCUCCUCCGUCCGCAGUAUCAUCAGCUCCUCCACCACAUCCCCCGCCUGUACAUCAUCAUCACCCUCCUCCCCCUGGUUUAGCUGAUCGUCCUCCUUAUGACGAGCUUCGGACAAUCUUCAUCGCGGGGCUUCCCGAUGAUGUGAAAGAGAGAGAGCUUCUGAACCUCUUAAGAUGGUUGCCAGGUUAUGAGGCUUCUCAGGUGAACUUCAAGGGAGAGAAGCCCAUGGGUUUUGCUCUCUUCUCCACUGCACAGUUUGCAUUGGCUGCCAGAGAUGCCCUUCAGCAUCUGGUGUUUGAUGCGGAGUCAAAGUCUGUGUUACACGCAGAGAUGGCCAAGAAGAAUCUCUUUGUUAAAAGAGGAAUCGUUGGGGAUUCAAAUGCUUAUGAUCAAAGUAAGCGCCUAAGAACUGGUGGUGACUGCACACACUCUGUUUAUAGUCCGUCUCCCUUCCACCCUCCACCACCUCAAGUUUGGGGUCCACCUCAUGGGUAUUUAUCACCCGCAGCUCCACCAUAUGAUCCGUAUGGAGGGUACCAUGCUCCCCCUGUACCAAUGCCUCCGUCUGCACCUAUAGCAGCUCCUAGUUCUUAUGUGCCUGUCCAGAAUGUUAAGGAUAAUCCUCCUUGCAAUACCCUUUUUAUUGGGAAUCUCGGAGAGAAUAUAAACGAAGAAGAGUUGAGGAGCCUGUUGAGCGCGCAGCCUGGUUUCAAGCAAAUGAAAAUUCUGAGACAAGAAAGGCAUACUGUUUGCUUUAUUGAAUUCGAGGAUGUGAAUAGUGCCACAAACGUUCACCAUAAUUUGCAAGGUGCUGUCAUUCCAAGCUCUGGUUCAGUUGGCAUGAGGAUCCAGUUUUCCAAGAAUCCAUAUGGGAAAAGGAAGGAAGGUGGCGGCCAUUCUUUCUUUCCUUCUCCGAGCGCAAAUGGAGCUCAAGGAGCCUUGACGUAUCAGUAGGCCUUGAAGGGGGAUGUACUCUCUUCUCUAUCUCCCAACAACUGCACGAAUAGGAUGCAUCUUGCAGGCAGUCUGCAUUUGCAUCCAUUUCAUUAUCGACAUUUAUAAGCAUCAGCAUAUGAUGGAUGCAUAUAGUGACAUAUUAGCUUUGCUACAUGCAUUUUCAAGUGUGGUUUUUAAAUCUCUAGGAGUUGGGUUUACCUUUGUUUGUCUUCUUGAUGCUUUAACGCAUUUACGUUGUGGGAUCCAUUUUCGUAAUUAUGUUUACGCAUUUACUUUGUGAAACUCCAUUGCUAUGUCACUACAUUAGAUCGUAGCAUGUUGACAUUCAUCAAACAUUGUUUCACUGCAUGGCUAAAACAUUGCUUCUUGCCAUGUGAUGGAUGAAUAUAAUGUGUUAUCAUCAACA